CCCAUGACCGCCCAUCCCAAUGGAAAUGGCGACGAAGAAAGCUACAAGUCUUGAAACCAUUACCACAAAUCUGGGAGAAUGGCAUCAUGACACCAGUCAACUUCAACCCUUUUGCUGAAGAUGUAAAUUAUGACUAUCAAGCAUUUAACAAAGCGUUGUAUUUGUUACUAACACUUAGUAAGAAGUGUGAAGAGUUUGGAGCAAGCUGUGCACCAUAUUACAGUACUAUGGAUUCUUCUGUGGACGUUUGCUUAUUUCCUUGGGCUGGUGAUGAACUACCAAGGCCUGAAGAAGUUCUUGAAAUAUUCAAUGUUCACAAGGAAAUUAUUGUAAAAUCUGACAUGAGUGAACUUGUUGGUAUUGCAGAUAGCUUACCAAACAACCCAAGAUUUGAAUCUGACAGCUCUGAUGAUAGCUAUGAUGAAAAAAUUAACUCAUUCGAAAACACAUUUUCGAAUAUGCAAGCCAGUGAGGAAAAUUUGAAGGAGUUUCACAAAUGGCUCAUGGACUUGUUUCAACCAUCACUGAUGUUUUGUUCCGGGGUUAAUGCUAUUCAUCCACAGCUAUAUUUUCACCUCACUAUCCUUUCACCAGGCUGGGUUGGUGGUGUAUUCUCAAUCGCUGGUCUUGUUUGAUUAUUUGCUUCUACAAUGUAGUGCUUUGUUGUGUCCUGUAUUAAAUGCUUCUAAUGUACUAUUAAAGCAGGCAUGCUUUUGAUGAAUCAUAUUUGCUUCCAAAAAUGCAAUGAUUGAAUAAUUUUACAGUCUUUACAGUUCUAGCAUUAUAUGUUACAAGUCUUUAUUGAAAAAAUUCAAUUGCAUGUGCUGAUAGAUGCAUGUGAUCGCCUUUCUCACUUUGGGGUACUUUUAUAGUAAAUGUAAAUCUCUAAGACAUCAGCCAAGAAAGUAGUCAUAAAAUUAUAGUAUGCACCAA